UGGUAACGGAGUCAAUGUGGAAACAAAAGAGAGACAUUUUAUCGCAGACGUAACACUUGUAUUCGAAUUGCAGGUCAGAUUUUAAGUUCUAAUAGUAGAAAAGAAACCCCCAAAAUUUCAACUAAUAAGAUAUCAACAGUAUUACACUGCAAGAGGGCUCACCUUUCUUGAAGAGAAGAAUCAAGAAUGCUAAUACGGCGUUAUAAUCCCAUGAUGUCUAUGUUACCUUCCUCUUCCUCCAUCGUUACCCCAUUUCCCAGACAGUUUUUGAGAUGCCCUCUUCCAAUAUUCACUCAAUCUUUCAAACCCCACUUAAUAAUACCUUCACUCCUUUGUACUGUCCCUAGAGAUUUCACCCUUUCAUUCUAUUCUUCUAACACUGCUCAAACCUCCAAUAUUGACACCCCUGAUGAACUGCACCAUCAGCUAUCAAAUCCUAAACAAGGCCCUUUGAAACCAGGUUUAUAUCUAGUAGGAACCCCAAUUGGCAAUCUUGAAGAUAUUACUCUCAGGGCUUUGCGAGUCUUGAAAUCAGCAGAUGUGAUUCUUUCGGAAGAUACAAGGCAUUCCGGGAAAUUGCUACACUAUUACAACAUUAAAACUCCUCUUCUUAGUUAUCACAAGUUUAAUGAGUCUCAAAGAGCUCAAAUGGUGCUGAGGAAACUACAAGAUGGUGAAAUUGUUGCCCUGAUUAGUGAUGCUGGCACACCUGGCAUUAGUGAUCCUGGAAUGGAACUGGCUAAGCUGUGCGCGGAGAAAAAUAUACUUGUUGUUCCCAUUCCCGGGCCUUCUGCUGUGGUAACUGCUCUUUCGGCCUCUGGCUUACCUACUCAUGAGUUCUCAUUUGUUGGUUUUCUUCCAAAGCAUAAUACUUCGAGGAGAGAGAGGCUGAUACUUUCAGCAAAUGAAUCAGCCACACAAAUUUUCUUCAUUCCACCUCACAAGCUUUCUCAAUUUCUUGAAGAGGCUGCUGCUAUAUUUGGUGAGAGUAGGCAGUGUGUCAUGGCUCGGGAGAUGACCAAAGUUCAUGAGGAGUUCUGGCGUGGCACUAUCGGCGAAGCAAAAGAGGCAUACUUGGCACACCAACCGAAGGGUGAAAUUACUUUCUUGAUUGAAGGCAAAUCGAUCAGUAUAGAUGAGAGUCCAUCAGAGUCCCAGCUGGAGAAUGAGUUGAGAGAGCUGAUUUCGGAGGGACAUUCUCUUUCUAUGGCCGUCAAGUUGGUAGCAAGUGGAAAGUUGCUGAAACGAAAAGCAAUAUAUUCUCUUGCAUUGAGGAAAUUCGGAGGGCAAGUAGAAUCAGAGGAUGAAUAGACUAACUCUAUCCUUUUGAUAUUGUCUCCAACUGCUUUGAUUAGGAAAGGAGUUUUCUGCUAUCUUCCCCGUAUGAUAGCUGAGUGCAAGUUAAGGCAAAGGAAGUGCAGCAUACUAUAGUAUGUGUUUGACUGAACUCUUGUUAGAGAGAAAGGUUAUUUUAUACUAAUGUGGAUACCAUGGAGCUUCAAACUUUUUUUGUUAUAGGAAAAUGACAUCAAAUUUGGUAAGACAGCAACAUGGUCCUAAUAGUAGCAAGCAAUUGUUUGUUAAGCAGUCCAUAGUCUUAGUCACAGAUAUCACAUCUGAUUUAGCCUUUUCUUUUUUAUUCUUACUCUAUUGUACCUGGAGAUGCAACUUUGUAUCUGUCAACAUUAUUUGAUUAGUUUUUUCUACAAAUUCGUGUGCAUUUGAUGCACCCCAGUAGUUUUAUGUUAGUCUUAGUCAUUUGGGUAUUGAAUUAUUAGUGAACAGUCAGUUUUAACUCA